GAAACGUUUGAUCCAAAGGUUGAGACCAAACAUAACCUGAGAAUACAUUUCGUUACGAAAUGCCGGUUCGGACGACAGUUUUGUGAGCGGUUAGAGUGUAAGGAACAGGUGGCCGGACAUGAAGUGUUUGAUGGAGCGAUGAAUAUAACAGACAUAGCCACUAUUGAGGGCAAAUAUCAUGGCGAGUUUAAUAAUCUAGACCAAAUUGGCACCGGUAGUUUUGGUCAGGUAUACAAACUGGAGCGCAAGUCUGAUAAAACUAUACACGCCAUCAAAAUCAUCCAAAUAUUGGCCGAUAAUAUAAGUCAUGAGAAUUACGAGUCCAUUAUUGAAGAGUGUCAGCUAUUAUCUAAAGUCAACAGCGAUUUUGUGGUUGAGCUCAGAGACGCCUGGAUUGAGGGCCAGAAAGUGUAUAUUCAGACAGAGUUUUGUGACAAUAAUCUUCGGGAUAUUAUUGACGCCAAAAAACAGCUCUUCGGAGACAACACCUCAAGAAACCCUGCUUUGAGCCCCGAGUUGGCACUCAUUGACUAUUUUAUUUCAGUGGAAAUCUUUGAAGAAUUAGUGAAAAGUCUAAACUAUUUGCACACUUUAAACACACCUAUCAUUCAUAGAGAUUUAAAGCCGGAGAACAUUUUGCUUAAGGAUUCAGUGGACGAUAACACUAAACAAUUCCUGAAAAUAUGUGACUUCGGUCAUGAGAAUUACGAGUCGAUUAUUAAAGAGUGUCAGCUAUUGUCUAAAGUCAACAGCGAUUUUGUGGUUGAGCUCAGAGACGCCUGGAUUGAGGGCCAGAAAGUGUACAUUCAGACAGAGUUUUGCGACAAUAAUCUGCGGGAUAUUAUUGACGCCAAAAAACAGCUCUUCGGAGACAACACCUCCGAAAAGCCUGCUUUGAGCCCCGAGUUGGCACUAAUUGACUAUUUUAUUUCAGUGGAAAUCUUUGAAGAAUUAGUGAAAAGUCUAAACUAUUUGCACACUUUGGACUUUUAUACACUGAAGCCCAUGCGUUUCUUAGUGAUAAUGUCACCACAGUCACAUACUAAGGACAUUGGCACUAUUACUUAUAUGGCACCUGAAGUAGUCCAAAGCAAAUAUUAUACUCCGAUGUCUGAUAUCUAUAGUUUAGGACUCAUUUGUGCGGAACUGUUUGACACCAUUUGGGCCCUUUAUGUGGGCGAGGGUUAUGUCAUGUAUUACUGUCCUAAAAGUCGGGAAUUAUUGAGAGACAAACUCGAGACAGUGUCUAAGGAUAAGGACUAUUGUGUUAAUAAUUUGAAAGAAUUUUCGCAAUCAAAACAACUGUCCGUUCAAAGCGCCGACACUAUACUGGCGACGGCUUUACGAGUGUUCAAUAGGAAUGAAACGUUUGAACCAAAGGUUGAGACCAAACAUAACCUGAGAAUACAUUUCGUUACGAAAUGUCGAUUCGGACGACAGUUUUGCGAGCAGUUUGAGUGACCCUGGUUCAGGUAUUUACGGCGCUUAGGCAAGAGAUGUGAGAGUAAUGUCUUUGCCUAUGAGUACUCGGGUUAUGGACUGANUUGUUAA